GCGAAGUGCUUGUGUUCCUAGCCCUGACAGUGCAGUAGUAUCUAGCAUCCUUGCUUGUUCUGCCCAGUCAUUAGCUCACAUUGGAAACGACAGGCUGUGGUCUAACUUGGGUUAGGUAUACAUUUUUGGGGGAAAUAACAUUUUAAAAACUAUUAAUAUGAUAACAGUGGAUGUGGAUAGUUGUCUACCUGUAGCAGGCUAAGGUUUUAUAAAUACUAGGAAUAGGCUACUUUCGUGGAUAUGAUGAUGAAUGUAGGAAUAAUGAUGAGGAUGAAUCAGUUUGUUAGGUCACAACGUAGGCUACAUUAGAAGUCAUACAUUUAUUUUCUAUGGGUGCAGGAUUUAGAAAAAAUCAUACUUUUUUGAACGAGGCUUUCUGGCUGCAGUCGACACUGGUGCCUAGAAUUGCUCCAAGCCUUGCCUGCUUCAUGUAAAGUAACGUGGUGAUUAAACAGUCUCAUCUUCUUAUUUAAUUUUGAAACAGAUGCUGAUGCUGAACAUGCACAUCGUUGGAAGCUGUUGAAAAAAUGAUGCUUGUAAAAAGUGAAUGACAUCACUUUCUCUGUGCAAGGUAGCCUACAGUCAACUAUUUUGACAUUCAUUUUAGAUAUCUGUUUAUUGCGCACGCAUGCGCUUCAACCUGCGGCAUUUCGGCGUUUCAUUUAUCUUUUUUUAUCUGCUCCUGAAUGUAUCCGCAAGCCUCUGCGGUCAAAUCGUCCCCGCCCCCCGGGUUCAAGAGAUUGGAGCUCCUAAAAGCGGGAUCCCCAUUCGCCUUGGCUCCAGACCAGAUGAUCUGAAGCUCUGUUGGGGACCAGAAAAGAAAGGGGUAGCCUACAGGAAGCUUUGACUUGAUUCUGCCAUGUCCAGACAGCAGCAUGUUCUCUCCCGAUUUGGAAACGGAUACCACUGCGGAAGACACAGCGCCCAACACCCCCAAUGAUGGAGAGGAUGCACCGGCCAGCAUUGAUGUACUGGAGGAGCAGCGGCCUGUGAAGCAGUCACUGAGUGCCUGUAUGUGUCGAGAGUCCCACUGGCGCUGUCUUCUCCUCUCCCUACUCAUGUACAGCUGCCUUGGCACUGUGGCUUGGUGCCAGCUCACCCGAGUCACAAAGCUCAGCUUCGACUCAUCCGUCACCUCCCUGACAGCCUCCAUUUCCUCACUCAGAGGGGUUGGCCUGGGAGGCCGCUCUAUGAUUUACCAUGACAGCCCCUGCUCUGACGGCUACGUGUACAUCCCUCUGGCCUUCCUGUUCAUGCUCUAUGUCGUCUACCUGGUAGAGUGUUGGCACUGCCAGGCUUGCAGUGAGCUACAGUGUAAGGCUGAUGUGGAUAGCGUAUAUGAGCGGGUAUUGCGGAUGCGACAGGCUCGUCCGUGUGUUUGGUGGAAGGCCAUAAGUUACCAUUUUGUUCGGAGGACCAGACAGGUGACCCGCUACCGGAACGGGGAUGCCUACACCACCACCCAGGUCUACCAUGAGCGGGUCAACACACACGUGAGGGAGGGAGAGUUUGACUACAGUCGCUGUGGUAUGCGGGACGUCUCACGGGAUCUACGUGGACUGGAGAGCCACCCGGCGACAAGACUUCGUUUCACCAAGUGCUUCAGUUUCGCUGGGGCCGGACCAGAAAAUAAUUACCUCAACCAACGUGCCAGGUUCUUCUCAGAGAUUGAGGGCUUGGAUGACUACAUGGAGGCUCGGGAAGGGAUGCAACUAAAAAACGUGGACUUUAAAGAGCACCUGAUAGCCUACGUGGACCCUGACCGGUUGCCCUGGUAUACUUCUCAGGUGGCGUUCUGGUUCACUGCUCUGCUCAUGCUGUCCUGGCCCCUGAGGGUGCUUAUAGAGUACCGUACAGCCUUUGUGCACUACCAUGUUGAGAAGCUCUUUGGGCUGGAGUACAGCCACAGCAGCCCCUCUCCAACAGAGGAGGAGGUUCCCAUCAGGAGUGGUCUCCCUCGGGUAGAUACCGUGGACAGCACUGAGCUGGAGUGGCACAUCCGCUCCAACCACCAGUUGAUCCCCAGCUACUCAGAAGCCAUGCUGAUGAACCUGAGGGCUUCGGACUCUGGUACAGCUGAUGACACCAGGUCCUCUAACUGCUUCCUGCUAGACAGCCACCCAGCCCAGAGCUAUAGCACGCUGGUGCAGGACUGUGAGCACUGCUGCCAGCUUCAGGGCGAGGUUGGACAGAGGCGGGCCACCACCAGCUCCAGCUGUUCCUCCAUCUUCUCCCAUCAGGCCUUUCACUCCCGCCUCUCCCUGGACACCUCACACUUCUCACUGUGCCGGAUGUACGGCUCUCGGCGCACCGUAGGCCUGUGGAGGAGCCGCAGCAGCACACUGACUGACCGCUGCUGCGUGGAUGAGCAGUGUUGCCGUUCCUACUCCAGCCAGCUGGCUCUCAACGAGAGCCCACCCAGCUACCGGGACGCACGCUUCUUCCCCGUCCUCAUUGUGCACCGACCCGAGGGCUGCGGUAGAGGUGACUCCACCACAGAGGUGCGGCGCUAUUAUGCCCGCCGGGGGUCCUGCUGCCUGGAGACCUCACUCUGAGGGACCAAGAGACAUUUGACUGAUUCACUAACAAUAUAUUCCAAAUUAGCUGUUUUGAGAGUCCAAGAGCAUAUAAAGACUGUUCUGUUGACAGCACUGACAUUGUGUUACUCACUGGCUCUGUGCUGUAUGCUCAGAUUCAUAUAAAGGCUGCAUAGUUCUCAGUCUCUUGUGCACGUUGGAUCUGUAUUGGUAUUAUCUCCUGCUCCAGACAUGAUUGUGAGUCAAACUAAAAGAGGCUGGAUUUGAAUGUUUGAUUCAUCGAUGACCAGCUCUCAGUGCGGUGCAUAUGGCAUUAUGUCAUUGUGAAAAGUUGCCCUUUUCUGUUUAAAAAAAUGACAUUUGUAUUGUCUUUGUCCUGAUGGGCCACAUGUUUAUUACUGCUACCCUGUUUAGUCACCAUUGCCAAUUUCAAAAUGCUUCAUUGACACAUUCUGAGUGUGUUUUCACACUUGGUCCCUUUCAGCCAACUUUUGGGAACUCAGUGCGGUUCGCUUAAUUUUGUUUGUGCAGUGUGAACUCUCCAAAGGAACUCAGAACCCUCAAAAGAGUCCCCGAAGUGAAGUGAACUGAGACCAUCUCGAGAGAUUCCCUUUUGUAGGGCAAUGUGAACACAAUCUCCCCAGGUUCGCUUAUCAUUAUUCACGCACCACACACUAGACCACUGCAACACAAUUUCCCAAGACAUAACCCCUCACAUUGGUGCCACAAAAGAGAUGAUGUGCAGGUUUGUGGAAAAUAAUGUGUGCUGUUUUUGGAUAUUGAUUAGCGAUUGUCAAGGAUGUACAGACAUUCCGAAAUAUGUGUGGAGUUUUUAGUUCAGAUUAUUUGUUUGCAAUAUGUGAUCUAUAGGCUAAGAGAGAGCUGUUUAUUCGAUUGUGAGGUUUGAACAGUAUGAGAAGGCAACAACAUAUUUGGUGAGAAUCACAACAUAGGAACUAGAAUUGAUUAUGUACCCAAAAAGAGCAGUAGCCUUGGGUGUACAAUUUUCAAUUACAGCCUUAUCUCCAGUUAUUCUUCUGCUAUUUAUUAUGUUACCAAUAAUAUGAACAUGUUAAUACCUUCUGAUUAUUAUUAUUAUGUCUCAUCUUUUAACUAAAUUAAAUAUAUUAGCUUCCAAAAUGUAAGUAGGUGUGUCUAGCUGUCCAAUAACAUUGAUGGAAUGGCUUGUCCUGCACUUUGUAAAAACCCAGAGUGCAUUGAGUGAAUGUUGAAAACAGGAAUCAAAAUCUGUCUUAGCAAUGUGAAAGCAAAGACGACUCAGACGACAAAAUAGGGGAGGUGAACUGGCAAAAGUGUUUAGUCCUCAUUUAAAGACAAGGGCAAUGUGAAUACAAAGAUAACUGAGUUCUUUAGAUUAUUUUUUUUACCCUAGAGUUCACUUUAAAGAGGACUGAGAUUGGUUCUUUUCAAGAGGACUAAAUGUGAAAACACCCUAAAACAACACCAGAAAAUCAAACUGCCUGAUCUACAUUUAAUACAAUAUUGAGAAGUUAUAUUUUCUUUGCUUUUGCAUGUUUCUAAUGGAACAAACUGUAUCUGUGUCAAGUAAGUGAAAGUAGCAUACUAUGUACACUACUGUCCAAAAGUUUGGGGUCACUUAGAAAUGUCCUUGUUUUCGAAAGAAAAGCAAAAAGAAUUGUCCAAUAAAAUAACAUAAAAUUGAUCAGAAAUACAGUUGUUAAUGUUGUAAAUGACUAUUGUAGCUGGAAACGACAGAUUUUAUGGAAUAUCUACAUAGACGUACAGAGGCCCAAUAUCUGCAACCAUCACUCCUGUGUUCCAAUGGCACGUUGUGUUAGCUAAUCCAAGUUUAUCAUUUUACAACUCUAAUUGAUCAUUAGAAAACCCCUUUGCAAUUAUGUUAGCACAGCUGUAAACUGUUGUUCUGAUUAAAGAAGCAACAAAACUGUCCUUCUUUAGACUAAUUGAGUAUCUGGAACGUCAGCAUUUGUGGGUUCAAUUACAGGCUCAAAAUGGCCAGAAACAAAUAACUUUCUUCUGAAACUCGUCGGUCUAUUCUUGUUCUGAGAAAUGAAGGCUAUUCCAUGCGAGAAAUUGCCAAGAAACUGAAGAUCUCGUACAACGCUGUGUACUACUCCCUUCACAGAACAGCGCAAACUGGCUCUAACCAGAAUAGAAAGAGGAGUGGGAGGCCACUGUGCACAACUGAGCAAGAGGACAAGUACAUUAGAGUGUCUAGUUUGAGAAACAGACGGCUCACAAGUCCUCAUCUGGCAGCUUCAUUAAAUAGUAACCGCAAAACCCCAGUCUCAACGUCAACAGUGAAGAGGCGACUCCGGGAUGCUUUAACCCAUCUUAAUCUUUUAUUUUUAUUGGCCAGUCUGAGAUAUGGCUCUUUCUUUGCAACUCUGCCUAGAGGCCAGCAUCCCGGAGUCGCCUCCUCACUGUUGAUGUUGAGACUGGUGUUUUGCGAGUAUUAUUUAAUGAAGCUGCCAGUUGAGGACUUGUGAGGCAUCUAGUCUAAAGAAGGCCAGUUUUAUUGCUUCUUUAAUGAGAACAGUUUUCAGCUGUGCUAACAUAAUUGCAAAAGGGUUUUCUAAUGAUCAAUUAGCUUUUUAAAAUUCUAAACUUGGAUUAGCUAACACAACGUGCCUUUGGAACUCAAGAGUGAUGGUUGCUGAUAAUGUGCCUCUACGCCUAUGUCGAUAUUCCAUUCAAAAUCAGUCGUUUCCAGCUACAAUAGUCAUUUACAACAAUAACAAUGUCUACACUGUAUUUCUGAUCAAUUUGAUGUUAUUUUAAUGGACAAGAAAUGUGCUUUUCUUUCAAAAACAAGGCCAUUUCUAAGUGACCUCAAACUUUUGGACGGUAGUGUAGAUUACUGUAUUACGUAAUGGUACAGCAGUAAUUAUUGUGCCAUAAGGGCAGUAUUGAUGUGCAUCUUUAAAAUAUACAGUUGAAGUUGGAAGUUUAGAUACACUUUGUCAUUAAAACAAAUUUUUCAACCACUCUACAAAUUUCUUGUUAACAAACUAUAGUUUUGGCAAGUCGGUAGGACAUCUACUUUGUGCAUGACACAAGUAAUUUUUCCAACAAUUGUUUCCAGACAGAUUAUUUCACUUAUAAUUAAUUGUAUCGCAAUUCCAGUGGGUCAGAAGUUUACAUAUACGAAUUUGACUGUGCCUUUAAACAGCUUGGAAAUUCCAGAAAAUUAUGUCAUGGCUUUAGAAGCUUCUUAUAGGCUAAUUGACAUCAUUUGAGUCAAUUGGAGGUGUACCUGUGGAUGUAUUUCAAGGUCUACCUUAAAACUCAGUGCCUCUUUGCUUGACAUCAUGGGAAAACCAAUAGAAAUCAGCCAAGACCUCAGAAAAUAAAUUGUAGACCUCCACAAGUCUGGUUCAUUCUUGGGAGCAAUUUCCAAACGCCUGAAGGUACCACACUCAUCUGUACAAACAAUAGUACGCAUGUAUAAACACCAUGGGACCCCACAGCAGUCAUACCACUCAGGAAGGAGACGCGUUCUGUGUCCUCGAGAUGUACGUACUAUGGUGCAAAAAGUGCAAAUCAAUCCCAGAACACCAGCAAAGGACCUUGUGAAGAUGCUGGAGGAAACAGCUACAAAAGUAUCUAUAUCCACAGUAAAACGAGUCCUAUAUCGACAUAAUCUGAAAGGCCGCUCAGCAAGGAAGAAGCCUCUGCUCCAAAACCGCCAUAAAAAAGCCAGACUACGGUUUGCAACUGCACAUGGGGACAAAGAUCGUACUUUGGAGAAAUGUCCUCUGGUCUGAUGAAACAAAAAUAAAACUGUUUGGCUAUAAUGACCAUCGUUAUGUUUGGAGGAAAAAGGGGGAGGCUUGCAAGCCGAAGAACACCAUCCCAACCGUGAAGCACGGGGGUGGCAGCAUCAUGUUGUGGGGUGCUUUGCUGCAGGAUCGACUGGUGCACUUCACAAAAUAGAUGGCAUCAUGAGGGAGGAAAAGCAUGUGAAUAUAUUGAAGCAACAUCUCAAGACAUCAGUCAGGAUGUUAAAGCUUGGUCGCAAAUGGGUCUUCCAAAUGGACAAUGACCCCAAGCAUACUUCCAAAGUUGUGGCAACAUGGCUUAAGGACAACAAAGUCAAGGUAUUGGAGUGGCCAUCACAAAGCCCUGACCUCAAUCCUAUAGAAAAGGUGUAGGCAGAACUCAAAAAGCGUAUGCGAGCAAGGAGGCCUACAAAUCUGACUCAGUUACACCAGUUCUGUCAGGAGGAAUGGGCCAAAAUUCACCCAACUUAUUGUGGAAGGCUACCCGAAACAUUUGACCCAAAUUAAACAAUUUUAAAGGCAAUGCUACCAAAUACUAAUUGAGUGUAUGUAAACUUCUGACCCACUGGGAAUGUGAUGAAAGAAAUAAAAGCUGAAAUAAAUCAUUCUUUCUACUAUUAUUCUGACAUUUCACAUUCUUAAAAUAAAGUGGUGAUCCUAACUGACCUAAGACAUGGAAUUCUUACUAGGAUUUAAAUGUCAGGAAUUGUGAAAAACUGAGUUUAAAUGUAAUUGGCUACGGUGUAUGUAAACUUCAGAUUUCAACUGUAGCAUAUCUUGAUUUCAAUGUGUUUUAUACAUUAUAUGGUCAUGGGAAAUGUAUUGACUGUAUUUCAAAGGUUCUCAUAAAACUAAUGUCCUGGCAGAGAGUUUCUAAUAUCCUUAUUCACAAAGAUAAUUGUCCGUUAAGACCUCUGGAUGUUGCAUUGCUUUUAUUUAUACUUGAAUUCUGACACUUGAAUCCCCAUUCAUUUAAUGAUGUUCUGUCUCCCUGUGCUCAAUCACAUUCCAGAUGAUACCUUUUCAAAUGCUAAAACACUAUUGACGUCAUACGUAGAUCUAUUUAUCGAAGAGUUUGAAUGAUACAGUUAUAUUUGGUUCCAACAAAAUGCAAGCUAUGUUCAAGAGCUAAAUAGGCCUACAUGUAAUUCAGCCUAUAAUUAGUCUCAACGAUGCAUGUCGAGAUACACACUCCCAAUUCUCAAAGUUAGAUUGAAAGGAAAAUUGUAGUCUAGUUGUGAGUCCGAAACAGUUAAAAAUGUGUUUCAUAGAAAUCAUGACAAGAUGAUAGGUUUAUGAAUAAUCAUUAUAUUGCAAAAUAACUUGGUUGGAUGAAAUGGAGAUUGAUAAAAGGUAUUGACAACAUGUAAAAAGCAAACAGAGAGCAAUAAAAGUGUGCCGUUUUAAA